UACGUUUGACCAUGUACGACUCCAGAUGUGGACUGUUGUGCAUGUUUCAUCGCAGUGCACAGUGGAGUCUGUCAGUACAGUCUACAAGUGUCCACUGACAUCCUCCCUCAGAAUAACUCAGCUAUAUGUAGCCGGUCUUAAUCCCUAAAACGGGUGCUUCAGUCGUCUCUGCCAGCUCAUCUGUGAAAGUACUGCACUGAGACACAAAGUACAACAGCAGGAUAACAUGCAGAUUAACUACGGGAGUCAUCAUCAGAGGAACCCGCUCAUGUCUGCACGAUGCAUCCCUCUGUGCUGUUACUAAGCUGGCUGUGGUGAAAUCAGUAAAGUGGAUCUUUUAUUGCCAUGAGUGCUAAUGCUGCAUCCAGUACAGAACGUGACUCAGAGCACCACACCGAGUUGGCAGAUUUGGUGUCAGCCAUGACUGAAAAUGCCAACCGUAUGACCCCGCCAAAUGGCUACAGGUCUAGUGGCCCACGUACCACUGGCACUCAAAGAUUAUGCCACACAGACAGGAAGAUGUCACUCCAGGAACGAGGAGUUCGUGUGGCCCGGCAACCCACCAUUGAGACUAAGCGCGUAUCCAUCACAGGCGUGGAUGACUGUGUUCAGCUCAACCAGUAUAAGCUGAAGGAAGCGAUUGGGAAGGGAUCAUAUGGAGUUGUGAAGCUGGCUUAUAAUGAGGACUCUGAAGAGUACUACGCCAUGAAAGUUGUUUCAAAGAAGAAGCUGAUGAGACAGUGUGGAUUUUUACGCCGCCUGUCUCCUCAAAGCCAAAAUACACAGACAGAUCCCUUUCCUAAAGCGAUGUUGCCUCUGGAGAGAGUGUACAGGGAGAUUGCCAUCCUGAAGAAACUGGACCACAAUAAUGUUGUUAAACUAGUCGAGGUGCUUGAUGAUCCUGAUGAAGAUGGGCUUCACAUGGCUUUCGAAUUGAUGACAAAAGGCCCAGUGAUGGAGGUGCCAACAGACAGCCCUUUCACAGAGGAGCAGGCUCGUUUUUACUUCAGAGACGUCAUCUUGGGAAUAGAAUACUUGCACUACCACAAGAUCAUCCAUAGAGACAUCAAACCUUCUAACCUCCUGCUGGGGGAUGAUGGGCACGUCAAGAUUGCAGACUUUGGUGUGAGCAAUGAGUUUGAAGGGUCAGACGCCCUCCUAUCAAGCACGGUGGGGACGCCGGCUUUCAUGGCCCCGGAGACCAUGGCCGAACACGAGCAGAGCUUCAGUGGAAAAGCAUUAGACGUGUGGGCAAUGGGAGUCACACUGUACUGUUUUGUAUUUGGGAUGUGCCCAUUCUAUGAUGAAUACAUUGUUUCCCUGCACAACAUGAUCAAGAACAAACCUGUAGAGUAUCCAGAAAUGCCAUUCAUAAGUACAGAACUAAAGGAGAUCAUUGAACGGAUGCUUGACAAAAAACCCGAAACAAGAAUCACCAUCCCUGAAAUUAAGCUCCAUCCAUGGGUAACGGAGAACGACUCCAACCCUCUUCCACUAGAGGAGGAGCACUGCGCUGCUCUGGAGGUCACUGAGGAAGAGGUGCAGAACAGUGUCAAACUCAUCCCAAGACUUUCCACUGUGAUUUUGGUGAAGUCAAUGCUGAGGAAGCGCUCUUUCAGUAAUCCUUAUGAGUGUCAGGCCAGAAGGGCCAAAAGGUCCAUGUCCGCCCCCGGAGGCCUUCUUACUGGUUCUUGGUGUUUAUCUGGGUCUUCGCCUCUUCCUCGUCCUUCUUUGAGCAAAUGCAGCAAUGAGGGAAGCAGAGACGGAGAGUUGGAGGACCUAUAUGAAGAUGACACAUUCACAGAGUAAAAAAAAUGAAAAUCCGAAAAAAAAAAAAAUUCUUCUUUAUUUCUGUCUGCAGAGUUCUUGCUUUUACUUCUGACUUGCUCUGAUUCGUGUCCAUCCACA